GGCGGGCAGCCCCGCCGCCGCCAUGGCGACCGGCGAGCGGGAGGCGGCGCCGCCUCUGUGGCCUGUGGAGGCCCGGUUGGCGGCGCUGCUUCCCGACCUGCUGGUCUUCAGGAAGCCCCGAGGGUCGGAACCCGAGCUCGCCACUGCCCAGGGCGUCCUCCUAGGCGUCCACGUGAUGGGUUUUACAGCCUUAAUGGACAGAUUCAGCCUGACGUGCAAAUCGGAACAUGACAUGGACAAACUGGCCCACAUCUUCAGUUACUACAUUAGUGACAUCGUGGAGCAUGUGCUCUGUUUUGGAGGGGAUAUCCUAAAUAUAACAGGGAAUGUACUCCUGGCACUCUGGACAGUGGAGAAAAAUCAACUAAGUGACAUCAUUACCCUGGUGGCAAAAUGCAGUCUAGAGAUACAGGAGAAAUUUGGAAUCUACCAUACCAGAGAAGGCCAGGAUCUGCGGCUAAAGAUAGGUCUGUCUGCAGGUCGGAUUUCCCAGGUUAUUAUUGGAGAUGAGCAGCGGCAAUACCUCUUGGUGAUUGGGCGGGAUGUAGAUGGUGUCCAGUUAGCUCAGCGUUUGGCUCAGGCAAAUGAGAUUGUCCUGUCCUGGAACUGCUGGAAGCUCUGUGAGCAGUACAUGUUUGAAGUGGAAAUCAUGAGGGAGGAUGAAGCUGUGAAGUUAAGAGAUAUGCGGAUCAUUAACCCAUUUGAUUUUGAUGAGCAUUUUGACAAGUGCCUUGAUUAUCUGCCACAUUACCGUACAAGUGCUGAGACACUAAGAACUGCACUGGAAUUGGAUCCAAACUCUGCACUUGAGCAAACACUGCGGAAGUAUAUAAUGAAAAACCUUUUGAAGAAGAUCAAUGAAGGCCAACCUAUGGAGUAUGUGUCUGAAUUCCGUACAGUGACUAUAGUUUUGGUGAACCUUGAGUUCCAGAAGACAGCAUGGAUGUUGCAUUUGUGUCAUCUUAUCCAGGAGGCUGCCUUGUAUAUCUCUACAGUCAUCGAGAAAGGGGGUGGCCAGUUAAGCCGGAUCUUUAUGUUUGAGAAAGGCUGCAUGUUCCUCUGUGUUUUCGGCCUUCCUGGAGAUAAGAAGCCAGAUGAAUGUGCACAUGCCCUGGAGAGCUCCUUCAGCAUCUUCAGCUUCUGCUGGGAGAAUCUUGCUGAGACCAAGCUUGUUUCCAUCAGUAUCACCAAUGGACCAGUAUUCUGUGGCCUGGUUGGGGCAGUAGCAAGACAUGAAUAUACAGGUAGAACGUAUUGGAUUAUUAGCUCUAUGACUCAAGGGAUGAAGGUGGAGGAGGUGGUCCAAAUUUUUUCCACCCUUUGCUGUCUCCCUAACACAGUUAUUGGCCCAAAAGUGAGCCUUGUGGCCAGAAUGAUAACUGCUUAUCCAGGUUUGGUGUCCUGUGAUGAGGUAACAUAUUUAAGAUCCAUGCUACCUGCUUACAACUUUAAGAAACUACCAGAGAAAAUGAUGAAAAACAUCUCCAACCCAGGGAAGAUGUAUGAAUAUCUUGGCCAUAAAAGAUGUAUAAUGUUUGGGAAAAGACAUUUGGCCAGAACGAGAAAUGAAAAUCACCCUUUGUUAGACCGGGAAAAAGAACUGGAGGCCUUCACGUUGGCACAGCAGUGGUGUGUGCAACAGAAGAAGGGUCAGGCAGUUCUGUAUGAAGGUGGAAAAGGAUAUGGAAAAAGCCAGCUGUUAGCUGAAAUAAACUUCUUGGCCCAGAAGAAAGGGCAAAGGGUGUUGCCAUUGAAGCUGAAGGAAGCAGAUUCCCAGCAGUGCUUCUACGUUAUCCAAACCCUUAUGGCCAUCUUCUUUGAGAUUGAUAUAUGCCCAGCCUAUUACCGGCAGGAGUGCCUGCACAGACAUCUCUAUGGAAUGGUGAAUGAACCACUUCAUUGCCUUUUUAAUGAUCUCUUCUUUGUGAAGUUUCCCUUAUCCUUCAAAGUUUCGCACAUGGAUGACCUGACCAGACAGACAAAGGUUAAAGAGUGUUUUAUUCAAGUGCUUCAGGAGGCAGUGAGGGAAACACCACUGAUUUUCCUCAUUGACGAGGCCCAGUACAUGGAUGCAGCUUCCUGGGAGUUUUUGGGAACGUUGCUCUCCAGUGUGCCCAUCAUCAUGGUGAUGACGUUGACCCCUCCUGUCACACUGUGUGGCUGGGCCCAGCACUUCCUACAGAGCCCUCAGGCUAUCCAUGUGCCCAUUUCAAAGUUGGCAGCAACCUCGCUGUUGAGAAUGGCAUGUUGGGAACUAGGGGUGGUGAGCAUCCCCCAAGAGCUGCAGAUCUACCUUCUGCACAGGUGCUUUGGAAUCCCCCUGUAUUGUGAGGUCCUGUGCCAGGACCUUCUCUCUAAGGACAUAUUACUCUUUCAUGACCUAGAAAAGGAGGAGGAAGAGAACAGCAAAUGGGAAACCCUCUCAGCCAAUGCCAUAAAAUCCACAAUGUAUAGUAUUUCUCCUGCCAGUUCUGAAGAUCAGGAAGUUUAUGUCUGCACAGUCAAAGAUGAUGUGAACUUGGAUACAGUGCUUCUCCCACCACUGUUAAAAGAAAUAGCAGUAAACCAACUGGAUCAACUAAGCCCAGAGGAACAGUUGCUGAUCAAGUGUGCUGCAAUCAUUGGUCACUCCUUCCAUAUAAAUCUGCUGCAUCACCUCCUGCCUGGCUGGGAUAAAAAUAAGCUACUUCAGUUGCUGGGAGCUCUUGUGGAUAUGCAUGUGCUCCGCUGGCUAGAGCUUCCUGCUGAGUCCAUGUUAGUGCCAUCCAUUAUUGACAUCAUUGAUCAAACGAAAGAGAAGAAAAAGUCAGAUGCAGGCUCAGCAUCUCCUCUCAGUCUGCAAAAAGAACCGUCCCUGCCUCAAACUGAUGUUCUAGAAUUUGGAAUGCCUCUAUUGCGGGAAGCUGCUUGGGAGCUGUGGCCCAAGGAACAACAGAUUGCAUUGCACCUUGAAUGUGCCUGUUUUCUCCAAGAUUUGGCCUGCCGCUGUGGGAGCUGCCAUGGAGGGGACUUCGUCCCUUUUCAUCGUUUUGCAAUCUGUUCUACUAAGCGCUCUGGUGGGACCUUUAGAUUCUGUACUUACAAAGAUACAGGCUCAGUGCUAACACAAGUGACCACAGACAAAUUGCAGCUGCCUUCUCCCCAAGAUAGUUUUCAUUUCCAGGAAAAAACAUUCAGAAGUCAGGAGACCUUCUCAAGUAAACAACACAGCAGAACAGAGGAAGAGUUCCUAGAGCAAGUGAACAAGAAGCUGGCUCAGACCAGCCCCGAGAAAGACCUGUUGACCACAAAACCCUGCCGCUGUGAGGAAGUCCUGAAAUUAGUGCUCUCACCGCUCACCCAGCACUGCUUGGUUGUUGGAGAAACCAACUGUGCAUUUUAUUACCUGCUGGAGGCUGCUGCUGCCUCCUUGGACCUGUCAGAUAAUUACAUGGCCUUCUUUUAUUUAAGGAAGGCAAGCAGUCUUCUGGGUCAGCCCUCAGCAUUCUCAUUCUUGAAAAAGCACAAAGUGAAGAUCUGUCAGUUUGAGGAGGCCACUUUCUGCAGGCUUCGGUCAGAGGUCUGUUUCAACAUGGGACAGAUCACCUUGGCCAAAAAAUUGGCUAGGCAAGCCCUUCGACUGCUGAAAAGGAAUUUCCCUUGGACCUGGAUUGGUGUCUUUUUCCAAACAUUUCUAGAAAAGUAUUGGCAUUCCUGUUUCCUGAGCCAACCUCCAAAUAACCCCAGUGAGAAUAAGAAGAAGCUGGCAGUCCUACAGCAGCGGGUGCAUUGCCUCUCUUUGCUCUGGCAGCUCUACAACCUAGAGGCCACAGCCAGUAGCCGCAGGUUUGCCUACCUGGCCACUCUCAUGCAGAAAAAUUCAGCUGAGGAGUUUGCAAAUGAAGCCCAGGUCGUCUCUACCUACGUGGACCUCUCCCAGUUCUCCCAGAACAUGGGCGAUAGGGAGAAGUGGCUGCACUGUGAACAGAUAGCCAUUCAGAAGAAUAGCCUAUGUUGGUUCUCCAGGGAGGGAUUAUUGGCUACAGCCCAGCUCAUGCAGGCCUUGGCCUACACCAAGCUCUGCCUUGGCCAUCUUGACGUCUCCAUCAAGCUGGGUUUUCAAGCUCAUGAGAUAUGCAGACACCUCAAGAAACCGGCUCUGGAGAAUCUAGUUCUCUCAGUUCUCUUCAGAUCUGCAUUUCUGAAGGAGAAAUUUGAUCUGUGUGUCCAUGUGCUGGAGAGUCAGUGGGCGCUCAUUUCCCAGGGUCAUGAUAUCCUUGGCCUGGCCUGCUUCUACUCUGCUUGCCUAGAUCUGCUGCUGUAUGGAAAAGGAUUGCUGUGUCGGCCCUUUGGCGAGUGUCUACGUUUCAUUCAACACUAUGGGCACAGCUGUGUUCUAACCUCUCAAAGCAACAUCAUGCUGGGGGUCCAUUCCUCCCUGGCCAUGUGGUUUGCCCAGAACUCACAGUGGGACCAAUUUGACCACCACUUCGCCAAGGCUUGCCGGUUGGUGAAGAGAACCAAUGCCUCACUAUUUGGUUCACAUGGUUUUGUCCGAUUCCUAGAGUGCCAUGUGCUGAUGUUACAGAAAGUGCCAGAGGGUGUCUUCAUGCAUGUUUCUCCAGAGACCCCCAGCCAAACACUUCAGUACUUUAAGGAGUUCUUCUCUCGAUGUGUGACCUGCCCUGUCUAUCACCAGUGGGUCUCUGAACUUAAGGCCUCUGUGAUGAGUUGUGGAAAGAAAGAAUCCAUGUUCUUGACUAACACCAUCAGACCUUUUGAUACCAGCUUGACUAGGAUUUGGAUAGAGGGAGAAUUCCUAAAGGAAAACAACUCUUAUGAAAAAAAAAUUUAGGAAUACAGAGAUUUGACAGAGGGCUGAUAUCAAUGAGAAUAAGGACACAGAAGAAACUCAACAAAAUAUAUAUUAAAACAAAAGAAAAAUAAUCUUAAAGGACCAGGAUUCUCAUAUUGUAUAUAAUACAAGGAAAUGCCCGACUGCAAUCUGUGUCUUUGUCAAAUA